AUGGAGACCCCUGUGGGGCUUCCUACAACGCCAGUGGCUUCGGAUAAUGGCGUGACUACGACUCCUGAUCCUUUACCGGUGGCUGGAAGCUCUGGCCUGGCUCCUGCAGAGAAGGCUACAACGGCGUGUCAGCUCUCUGCGGAUGGAUUCCUUGAAGACGAUUCAGAUGAAGAGCUGGACAUCGACAUCCAGCAAGAGGCUGCUGCUCGCCUCCGCUUCACAGCCAUCCUACUGGUACCCUUCAUGCUGCAGCAGGAGCUCGGCGCAGUCAUUAACAUGGUGUGGACACUCCUGCGUAAGGUCUGGAUUUCUUCGCUUACGGAGGGUGCUAUUGACACGGCUUCGGUUCAGACUCUCCCGGCUACGUAUGUCGUGAAGCAGCAUUUCUGUCGCCUUCAGCUCUCUUUCCUGCGGGAGGAAGAUGCGAUAGCAGUCAGGACGAAGACGGUGGAAUAUCAGCGGCCAAAGGGGAAGGUCACACUUUUCUGGCAACAUACAGAGAACCCGGCUUACCUGAAAGAGAAGGCGUCUAACCCUGAUGUUAUCGAGUUAUAUUUUAAAGAUGUCUCUGCUAACGUCUCCCCUGAUUUGCUGAAGGACAUGCUCUGCCGGUAUCCGUUGAAGAUCCGCAAGUCCUCUGCCUUUGCCAAAGGGGUCUGUCGCAGUGGUCAAAUGAAUAAAAAAGACAUGUUCGUGGUGACCGCACUGAACAUCAACGGCUUAGGCAGUGCGGCGAAGAGGAGUGCAUAUAACAAGUGGUUCAAAUCAGCGGCUAACGUACUCAUACUCACAGACACGAGGGUAGAGGCAGACCACAAUUUCUGGACGCAGCUGAACCCCUCUGCUUUCGCGGCAGUUUCGCCGGCGGGAGGAGCGGGUGGUGUUGCGAUCCUUAGCUUUACUCCGGGUGUUGUCUUCAAGGACAUCCACUCACAUGUAUCGGGCAGACUGGUAGCGGUGUCGCUGGAGAAAGGAGAUCUGUCCUGGCGUAUCAUUGCUGCCUACUUCCCUGCACAAGCAACAGCCAGAGGUGUUUUCUUUAGAGACUGCCUCUCGACUUUUGUCGACAGCCUCCCGCCGGUGCCUCACACGAUCCUCAUCGGGGACCUGAACGUGAUAGCUGAUCCAAGGAUAGACAAAUCAUCAAAGAUAGGAUCUUCAAGGGAGAACCAGAGACUACUCGACAUCUUCACUCGACUUGACAUGCAAGACACCUUCCGUACCUUGCAUCCGAUGAAACGUGAAUAUACCUUUUAUGCGCAUUCUGCUAAGGAGCGUUCACGGAUCGACAGAGCAUUGGUGUCACAGUCUCUCCUUCACAGGGUUGGUAAUGCUUACCACUCCUCUGUACCGCAUGGCAUUUCUGAUCACUGGUAUGCCGUUUCGGUGGACAUCCGCGUUUCAGCGUGCGAGCGCGGAGGACCGGGGUUGUGGAAGAUGUAUGCGGCACAGGCCAAGAUGCCGGGGGUCAAGAAGCGGAUUCAGCUGAUCAUGGGGGAAGAUCCGCAGCAGCCGCUCCCAAGUUUUCCCGAGCUUCUGGUUAAACUGCAGUCAAGCAUACGUGUAUACGCAAAAGAGGAAAAGAAGAGAGUGAAGAAAACAAUGGCGCGGCUGGAGGCGACAGUGUCGCAGCUGAAAGAUGAGUUUAUGAAUGGGGAUGGUGGUGCUGACUGCUACGAGCAACUGGCCAAGUACGGCUCCAUGCUGAAAGCGUAUCAAGACGAGGAAAGGGAGCGUCUACAAACUAUGGCGGGAGUGCAGACGGAAGUACUUGGGGAACUCCCUUCUCCGGUGCUGUCAAGUCGGAUUGCAUCUAAAAGGGCGCAGACGAUGAUUGAGGAAGUCAACUUCAACGGUGCCUGUUUCACGGGGGAGAGGGAAAUUCUCAUCGCGGCCUCGGAAUACUUCACGGCAGCGUUUGCAGCCCGAGAGGCAGAGGCGAGUACUGUUUGGCCGGUCGCCCCUGGCAAGACACCCAGCGCAGCAGAAAGAGAGGGUUUGAGGGUCCCUUGGACGGUGGAGGAGGUGAAGUUAGCAAUCCAACAGCUGCCAUGCGGCAAAGCACCUGGCCUGGAUGGACUUCCGAAGGAGUUGCUGGAGGAGAACUGGGAUCUGCUUGGCUCGUGCUUCAUGGCCUUUGUAAAGGACUUCGAGAGGUCAGCGGUGCUCACGGAGCAGUUUACGACGGCGGUGACAAUACUCCUGCACAAGAAGGGGGACAAAUCGAUGUUGGAGAACUAUCGGCCCAUUACACUCUUAAGCGCGACAUACAAAAUUGUGGCGAAGGUGUUGGCGAACCGGAUCAAGAAGGUGCUCCCGUCCGUGAUCUCGGACCACCAAUAUGGUUUCUUACCGGGGCGAAAGCUGGCAGAUGCAGUCAAUGUUGUCGCUGAUGUCAUCGACGCGGCGGCAGCGGGAAGAGAGGAUUGGUACCUUCUCUUGGUCGACUUCCAAAAGGCGUACGAUUCGAUCUCUCGGAGAUACCUGUUUCAGACGCUUACACGAAUGGGCUUCCCGGAGGAGUAUGUGAAAUGGGCGGAGGGGCUACAUGAUCACUCCGGAACGCAGCUGCUGAUCAACGGCCGGCUGGGAGACAGGGUGGAGAUGGAGAGAGGAGUCAGGCAAGGGUGCCCUCUCGCACCGUACCUGUUCAUCUGCGCAGCUGAACCACUGAGUCAAGAAAUCAGACGGAGAAGGCUGGGGGUGUGGAAGAGAGGUGUUGGUGACGUGGCAUAUUUGGGUUACGCGGAUGAUACAUCGAUCGUUCUGCAUCGCAAGGAACAAAUCGACAAAGCAUGCAAGCUGCUGGACGACUUUGGGGAGAUCUCGGGGCUGAAGGUGAACCGAGGAAAGACAGUUGUGGUGCCGCUAGGCAAGAACAGAGGUUUACCUCCGCCGUCGGAUGUACCAUACACCUGGGCUGGGAUAGACGAACCACAAAGACUCCUGGGGAUCUGGAUAACCUCGGGUGGUAACCCGGAGCCAUCUUGGGAAAAGGCGGCUGACAGAGCGGGGGAAGUGCUGGUGAAGUGGCAGAACCAACACGUUAAAACUUCGGCGAGGGUAUCGGUGCUGAACUCGUACGCCACCCCUAUCCUUCUCUUCCAGGCGCAAGUCUACCCGCCACCGAAGGGGACGUGGAAGGAGUUCAGAGCCACCAGCCACAACUUCACGUCCAGCGGCAAAGCCUCAGCAGACAAGCACUUUGUCCUGUGGAGUGGGGAGCUGGCUUACAUGGACAGGAAGGAAGGAGGUUUGGGGGUGAUCAACCCGACAAUGCGGGUGGAAUGCAUGGCGCUGAAGAAUCUGGGUGACGCGGUACAGCAAAGAGAUCAGAUGAAACGAUGGUUGAUGGAGAGGGCAGCUGGGAUGCCAUUUGGAUGGGCGACUCUGCUUGCUCACCGUUCAAUCCUGCGAAUAUGGAACAAAGGGGGGGAAAAAUGGCGGAGGUCGGUGAUUACUUUCUGGCAAGUCCUGCAGCAGAAGAUUCCCGCGCCUGCGAACCGGUGGGAAUAUGCAGCAGAAAGGAUCUGCUUCAGCAGAUACAUUUUCUAUCGAGGGAAAAGCCCAUUUGGAAGGCAGAAGGGCUCCAUAUGCCUGCUGGAGCUGACCGUGGGAGACUUGGUGCAGACGGACUGGGAUGGCACAAAAAGGGCGAAAGACAUGUGGGCUCUAACUAAGGAGACAGGCAGCUCGACAACGGCACGAUGGGCUCUCAAGGCUUGGAAGGCGGUACCAGGGGAGUGGAAGGAAGCCCUCCUUGCGAGACUGACCGGGGGUGAAGUUCUGAAGCUGACGCGCUUCGCCUGCACGCGUUCUCUGGCAGGCAAACCUCUGUACUGGCAGCUAUUAGCAGAGGAUGGCGAUGGAGUCCUGUGCAAGCCGGCGGAGGUGGGGAAGAGAGGGGAACUACUUCUGUCGAACAGAGCAAAUCAACUCCGAGUCGAGACCCGCAGACUAACUCCGUUACUGGUGGAGAAUGACCUGCUGAUGGGAGAAGCGGGGCUCGCGCUCACAAGGUUGAGGCUGUCGGUGCUAUGUGAGAAAGGAAAAGGGGCCACUCUGAAGAAGCUGAGGGCGGUUCUGAAAGGGCCGGUGGAGCAGCCGAAGCAGCAGAAGAAGUGGGAACAGGAUUAUGGGAAGCCUGUGGAUUGGAAUGGGGUUAUCCGGAAGAGGGACACCCUGGUUACCCCGGGCAGCGUGCGCGAAAUCAUUUUAAGGCUUCACAGCAAGAAUCUGCAGGUGGGGGAGAGACUGAAGUUCAUGAAGGAUCGCAUCAGCUGCCCGCACUGUGCAGAGGACGAAACCCUAGCCCACUGCUUGCUGGAGUGCGGCUGUAUACAGCCUGUCAUCGGCGCGGUUAAGGGGGCUUUACAGCAGAUGAAUCCAAAAAGGGAGGUGGAGAGACUCGAGGACUUCCUGUUUGGGGCGGAUGGCACGAUGUCAGGUUUUCCGGAAAAGCCGCUGAUUGCGGUUGCCUUUCACCAGAUCUGGCUGGAACGCUGCGAAGCUGCCUUUCGACAGGGGAGAUUUCAACCACAGAGAGUGCUCCGGAAGAUUGGGGUGAACUUCAUGAAGCAUUCGAAUAGAGUACGGGCGUUCCUUUGUAAGAAGGGAUCUACCUGUAAUAAAGCAGCACGUAUGGCUACAGAGAGGGAGGGGAAUGAGAUUGCUGAAGCACUGCGCGGACUGUUCGGUUUGGUGAGAGGGGAGCUGACAGCAUUGAAAGGGGAGCUGGCCAUGGUUAGGGAGCAGGUGGCCCGACAGAAUGAGCGAGUGUUGAUACUGGAGGAGAGGAACCAGGUUUUGGGGAAUGAGGUGAAUGAGUUGAGGUAUGCACUGGAUGUUGUGGGAGAGAGGAGUGUGGCAACUGCUGCUGUGGUUGAGGAGAGGGAGACAGCGUUGGCAACAUUGACCGAGGAGCUGAAUAAAGUGAAGGCAGAGCUGACUGCAGUGAAGGGGGGGCUGGCUGAACACAAGGAUGUUAUAACAGAGCAACUGGAUAUGGCUGAGAGACGAAGGGAAUUGGAAUUGAGAGAGCUUGGAGAGGAGGUCAGAAAGGGAGAGGAUGAAAUGAGAGCGGAGUUGGCAAGGGAGAGGGAGGAGAGGAGGAGGGAGGUGCAGGCGCUUGAUUGGCCUUGUGCCAUGGAGGAAUUGACAGCCUGCCGAAAUUGGCAAAAUUUUGAGCUGGAAAUGUGCAGAAGUGAUGACCGUCAGAUUGAUGCAUGGAAGGUGAGUGCUGACCUUUAUGUUCGAUAG